GGGCACGAUCGGAAAAAGUAGUCAAUCAAGGCACUCUCGCCUCCCUCCAAACAACUUAGUGCAAAGUGACCACUUUUAGUUCACUUUACCCCCGAUUUCCCGCUAGUCCCUCUGGGGGUUCAGGCUCCCAGGCGUCCAACUCUGCCGCUCUCAUCCUCUCACAACCUCUCUUUCUCCUCUCUUUUCCCCAAUCCUUCAAUCGCUCCAGUUCAAACACGACCACCGCCCAACCACUACUGAACUACCAUCUCGACGUGAUCAUCGCCUAACUCCCCCCUCUUUCCCUCUCCCAUCUACCUUUCCCCCCUUCGCCUCCCUCCGCUCUCUGUGCGCCCCCCCCCCUCCGUCUCACUCGGGUAUCCUUAAUUUCGAAUUUCACCCUCUUUCAUCACUCUUUUAGCUCUGGGAGGCCCCCCUGCCUUUUUCACCGCUUCUCGCCUCUUGCAACCCAUUCAGUCCGUUAGCCUACUCAGUCGUCUCAGGUGACUGAUUCACUCCUUUUGACGGAUUGAUCGAAUAAGCCAGGAAGCCCGCCAGGGCUGUGCAACGCCAUGCCGGGGCGUUUCUCAUCCGACCAUUCUCGCUCGCUCUCGCGAUCCUCUCAAUCCCCGUCUCAGCAGCAUAAUUCAACACAAGACGCCGAAUCAAUGCAUCAGCGUUCUAUGUCUGGUCACUCCUCCAACCCUAAUGUCUUCUCCGAUGAAUAUUCGCUAGAGCAAAUUGAUUCCGAACAAGCCACCCUCACUCCUCGAAGUCCAUCUGUUUCAUCAAUCGCAUCAUCUAAUACUCUCCGUUCGUCUUUCCCUCAACAACAACAAAAACUGUACAACACAACGCCAAAUGAUCUCGGGGUAACAGAGAAUCCAUUUGGGGAUGAUGCUCGGGUCUCGUUCGAUGAAUCACCAAAUCGGUCAAGUCUGCCCCCAAAGGGGGUCGAUUUCACCAACCGCAACUCUGCCUCGUCCACUAGCACCGCCCCGUCCAUAGCACAGCGCAGUCAGAGCACUUCGUCACGAUUUUCCAUGCCUCCCCGGGCGCUGAGCCCUUACACUGGGGCUACAGGCCCGAGCCAUCCGUAUGCGAUGUAUCCACAGGUAGGGGUAAGUCGUUCGCCCAGUAUCGCGACUACGUCUACAGUACGGCCGAUGGAGCGACCGUUGGGCGAUGCCAAUGCACCCCAACAUCCAUAUGCGAUGUACCCACAAAAUGUGGUGGCGGAAGAAGAGAUGGACAAUGCUAUGAUUCCCCCAGUGGGCUUUCCCGGACACCCUCAGGCAUAUCAACGACCUCCCAAUCGUGCCGAUGACGACGUAGGGGACUUGAUCGGGCCCGAUGGCCAUAGAGAACAGCUGCCACCUUACUCGCGGUAUCCCGAUCCGGUGGUUCCCAAGGUUGAGGGUACUUUCGAUCCUACUCCUGACGCAGGCGUCACUCUACGCGAUAAUACUCAUAGCCCCAAUGAACACCCCCCGCCGCCAGUUUCGGAAGUAUCGUCGAAUACAUUGGUUGCGGAAAAUAUGGCGAAUAGAAGAGAUAAUGAUGAAGAGCGGUCGGCCGCAGCACCAGUUACCGGUGUCAUGGCAUUUGAGGAGAAGCUAAAGAGUAAAGGUAAAAAGAAGGCAUGCUGUGGAUUGCCGGUCUGGACUCUUGUUUUGGUCGGUGUCGUGAUGCUGGUGGGAGCAUGUAUUGGAGGUGUCAUUGGGGGCGUUUUGGGAGCAAAAAAGGCAGAGAAUGACGACAACGAUCACCCGAAAGGUCCGAAGAUUGUCACCAAAACAGAAACCCCCCGGAUGGACGCCACCCCCAUAUCCACGAUCCCUACAAAUUUACCAGCUGCGCCUACUGGGAAUUACUGGAUUCCUGCGGAUCCGAAGAAUUCAUCGAAAUUUUGUAUUGUUGAGCAAGAUUACAAUCCCUCGUGGAAUUGCAUGAAGUCGGGGAAAAUACCUGUGUCUCUGACCGGAACAGAAUCAUCGCGUAACAUCACCUUCGCCAGGGAACCAAUUUCGUCGUCUUUCACUUAUGGCGCUCAAGCACCAUACUUUUCCAAUCCUACGCAGUCACUUAGCCUAAUGAUGGAUUCCAGCGACCUCAGUCUCGGUCCCGCCCUGACCUUCUUUUCCUUGUUUGAUAAAUUGGUUAUUGUACCCCAAGAUACCUUCUCGUCUAGUUCAGUUUCUUCAAAACGUGCUAUCAGUGAGGAUGAUGUCAUGGCAGGCGCAUUCCAUCGCUUGCAGACGGCGCGGGCGGGCGACAAACCCUGGUUUUGCUGGUGGAACAGCACCGUGAUGGAAUUUUUCCUGUACCUCAAUCAAUCCACUAAGGAAGCUCAAUACAGUUCCAGUUCGACACACCUACCAUCUUCACAGGCUACGGAUUCUUCGAGCUCGGUGUCCAACUACCCUCUUCGAAUCAAAAUGGAUGAGAAGAGAGAUUACCCAGAGGCCCAGUCGCCCUAUUGCCAGCAGAUGCAAGUUAUGGACGACGGCUCCGUUAGCCCCAUAUUACAACAGACGAUUCAAAUCAAGGAAUUGGAGCCGACACCGACGACAACGCUCAAGUACUCUGCGAGUGCGACCCAGACUUACACGGCGACCGCACAGUAUGAGCAUGUGUGCUAUUGUGUCGCAUUGACGGAUUAGCGAGUCAUUAGAGAGGGUAUCUACAAUAAACCCCGAGGAGUAUCGGUUGGUACUCCCUCGUGAAGGUAAAGCGUCGGCGUUACCAAACGGUGGAAACGGUCCAUUAUCUUUCAUGUGCAUACGAAUGAUUGGUUCUCUUCUGCGGUCAGCAUCUUGGCUGUGCUGAACGUCUCGCAUUGUUUACAGAGUUUAUGGCAUGCAUCGUACACUUUCGGUUCCCCUUGCGGCCUGUCUCGUGUCAUUUUUGGUCUUCCAUGAUGUGCUUUGACGCCAUUGUCUCCAGUAUCUUGUCCAGCAUGUUCCGUGAUUUGUUCCGGCGCAACUUUAUGGCGUUUUUUUUGGAUCGGUGCAGGUGGCCAAUCUCAGUCCAUCGUUUUUUUUUUU